AUGCUCAAUACUCCCCUUGGCAAACAGGUUGUUGUAACAGGUUACGGUGAAACAACUCAAGAAAUUACACCAUACAAUCAUGAAAAGUUUACUCUAUGGGAUGUUCCAGGAAGAAACGAUGAGGUAUCGUACUUUAGUUUGACACGUCGUCUGAUUCUGAUACAAUCAAUAGUGAAGAAAAAUUCAAGUAUGAUGAAACUGUUGGAUGAAAUUGGUCUCGAGUAUGAUAUAGUUUUCAACAAAUUUGAUGUUGUCAAAGAGAAAGAGCGAUAA